UUUUGUGAUUUCCCCAUUGAUAAAAUUUCGGAACGCACCCUGACGAAAAGCGCCACCAACGUCGACGUAACAAAUUAAACGGUCUGUCAAAAAAUGACAAUAACAAAACAAUUUGUUCGUAAUAUAAGAGAUUUUUGAAGAACAUGAUUAAUUUCUAAGAAAUCCCCACACACAUGUAAUAGUCAACCAAGUGCCAAAACGGUGGUGGAAAACGUGGUGUUCAGUAUGCAGGAUCCACGGACGGUACAUUGAUUCAACGGCCCCAAUUAAUUUACAUAAAGUGGGCAAAACGUUUGUUGGCCGUGUCCCGUCCGGAGUUCGAUUGAUAUGCUCACCCCUGGUGUUAGGAUUGUCCGUGGCCCAGACUGGUCUUGGAACAACCAAGAUGGUGGUGAAGGAAAUGUGGGGACUGUUUGUGAAAUUGGAAAAUCUGGUACUGUGGGCUCACCUGACAAAACUGUAGUUGUCCAGUGGGACAAUGGCACAAGGACCAACUAUAGGGUUGGUUAUUUGGGAAAGUUUGACUUGAGGGUCAUUGAUAAUGCACAAAUUGGCGUUAAGCAUCCCAACAUCAAAUGCGACGGCUGCAACUGGCAGGGCAUAGCGGGCAUGCGGUAUAAAUGCACGAGUUGUUCCGAUUACGACCUGUGCUACACGUGUUACCAUGGCGGCGCCCACGACACAACGCAUCCUUUCCGUCGCUUCGACUCCGCCACGGCCCAAGGCGUCGACCUACCCCAGAGGGCGGACGCCCGCCAGUGCGAGCUGCGAGGCGUCUUCGCCGGCGCCAAGGUGGUCCGCGGCUUCAACUGGGAAUGGGGCAAUCAGGAUGGCGGAGAAGGCAAAGUGGGCAAAGUGUUGGAUAUCCGUGGUUGGGACAACGAGAGCAGCCGUUCGGUCGCAAACGUCGCUUGGUUUUCCGGAUCGACGAACGUCUACCGAUUGGGUCACAAAGGAAACUGCGACAUCAAGUUCGUGGAGCCGGCGUCCGGCGGUACGUACUAUCCAGAGCAUUUGCCGGUCUUGGGGCAGAACAUGGAACAGACGGUGGUGCGGCCGACACGUCUGGGACCGCCGCCGUUCAAUGUGGGCGAUAAGGUGCAGGUGACGGUGUCCGAGGAUCGGCUCAAGGCCCUUCAGCAGGGACACGGCGGGUGGAACCCCAGAAUGGCCGAGUACAUUGGAAAAGUCGGUACUGUACAUAGAGUGACCGACAAAGGUGAUAUCCGUGUACAGUACGAGGGAUGCAACAAUCGUUGGACUUUUAAUCCAGUCGUCUUGCACAAAGUAAACACAAUCGCAGUGGGCGACGUGGUUAGCGUAAUCACAGACGUCGAAAAAGUUAAGGAGCUACAAAAGGGCCAUGGAGAAUGGAUAGAAAUAAUGAAAAAUUCAUUGGGAAAACUGGGCAAAGUGUUGAAGAUUUAUUCGGACGGGGACUUAAGGGUCCAACUAGAUGGUCAGGCGUGGACUUUAAAUCCCCAGUGUGUUCGGCUGAUACCGGGAAGUGCUGCCGAACUGGACAAUACAAUGCAUGCGAGCCAAAAUCAAAGACAAAAACCCUCCAUCCAGUGGCAUCCGUCGAACUCCUCAGACAACCAGACGAACGGCGUCGCCGACCAGUUGGUGAGGGCGGCCGCCCAGGGUCACUUAGAAACCGUCCAGCGUCUUUUGGAUGGCGUGCCACGUGACAUGGUGGACAUGCGCAGUGGAGGCAAAACGGCUCUGCAAGUCGCCUCUCAUCAAGGUCACCUGCCAAUCGUAAAACUGCUCCUGCACUCGGGGGCAUCGGUGAACGCCAGCGACAACGACGGCGACACUUGCCUGCAUUACGCGGCAUUCGGAAAUCAACCGGGGAUUUUGGACCUGUUAAUCAAGUCGGGAUCCGAAUUGAACACAGCAAAUCGCAGCGGUUGUACAGCUUUGCACAUAGCCGCACACAAACAACCCGCGAGAUGCGUUCAAAUACUUUUGGCGGCGGGCGCAGAUCCCAACCGCACCGACUUUUACGGAGACACUGCCCUCCACGAUGCCAUCGGAAAAGAUAGUUACCAGGUAAUCGAGAUGUUGUGCGUCGCACUGGGCACGGACUUUACGUUGCGUAACAAGCGUGGGUUCAACGUGCUGCAUCACGCCGCCCUCAAGGGCAAGAACUUUGCGACUCGGAAGCUUCUAAGCGUUGCACGACAAUUGGUGAACGUCAAGAAAGAUGACGGAUUCUCUGCUCUUCACCUGGCAGCCCUCAACGGUCACCGCGACGUGGUUGAGACAUUAGUAAGGGCUGGUCAGGCGGACAUCGAUCUCAGGAACAACCGCAAUCAGAGUGCCCUACUGUUGGCCGUCAGCCAAGGUCACUGUGGGGUUAUUGAGCUUUUAGUCAAAUUAAGAGCAAACAUUAAUGCCAAAGAUGAAGAUGAAGACACUGCCCUACAUCUUGUACUGAUUAAAAGGACCCACAUCAAAGGGGAAAUCCGACAAGAAAGCAGUCCAGAAAUUUAUGCAAUUUAUGAGAAACUGUCGGAUGUCGCUGAAUAUAGACUCGCACUUGCGAUAGCUUGUUACCUCAUCCAACGAGGCAUCAAUUUGGAUGCGUUGAACAGCAAAGGACAGGCUGCCCUAAGCCUGCUUCAAGAGUCACAUCUGCAGGAGCUGCUGAAGAGCUACAAACCGGUAUUGGACAACAAUCAGACGAGCGUGCAAUCUUCAAACGGCAGCGAUCCAGACACUCUAAAUAUGGAACCUUUGGCUCUGAACGAGGCUGGACGAAACGGAAGCACGGACGGUUACAAUUUAACCGAUAACAACACACCGAAAAGCAGUCCGGCAAGGAUCAUGGACGAAAAGAACGGCGGUGGCGGCCGGAGGUCUCGGCGCGAGGCCAAAAAUGAAAAGAUGCUGGAAAUGGGCGGUGGCACCUCUCAAGAAAAUUCGCCAAAUCACCAUCUCUAUCAGAACGAGAUCGUAUGCGCCCAGCAACAACCGCAACAAACGAACGGUGUGAGCAGUAAACCGGUUGAAUGUCUGGUGUGCAGCGAGCUCAGCGAGGAAAACGUGCGAUUGGAGCCGUGCGGUCAUAAACCCGCCUGCGAAGAUUGCUCGUCUCGAAUGAAGAAGUGUUUGCAGUGCGGCCAACCGGUUCAAAAACGGGUCACUAAAGAUGGACGGGUCAUUCCGGCCAAGAGCAGGCAACCAAGCGCCGAAAGAAUGAGGUAUCUUGAAUGUAAGAUAGCGGAAAUCGAAGAAUCUCACGCCUGCAGCAUUUGUAUGGAGCGUAAGCGUAACGUAGUCUUCCUUUGCGGUCACGGUACCUGUUCGAAGUGUGCGGACACUCUCAAGACUUGUCAUAUGUGCCGAAAGACGAUCACUAAGAAGAUACCAAUCUACUGAGCACGUUUUCUCAUCUAUGUAACUUUACCUGUUCCCUUUGUCCUCUGUUCCCACUAUCGUCUGUGGUUUCUCCUCAUCGACUCUCGAACCCCGUUCCUUUCGUGUUCUCCAUCUCUAUUAGGGUGAGUUUAUGCAGCGUAAUUCCCUGUAGUAUUUGUGAUUAUUUACCUCCCAUUGAUAACGUAUUGUUUCGUUAAAGUCAUAAUUUGUAUUUGAAAAUAACUUUUACGUAUUGCGGUUUAUAAUUAGUCGGUACAAUGUUUUAUUGUAUUUCUAAUUCAGUAUUUAAUUUAUCCUGUGACUUUGACGAAAGUAAUCUUUACAAAGUGUAGUAUUGAUGUGAAAUUCAAGUUAAUUUGACUUGCACAGGGUGUUUCCAAACAUCACUGUACCAUCCUAGGAAUAUGAUCUUUAGAACAAAAAAAAUUGAAAAGAUUUAUUAUAAGCGCAUGUCUCAAAAUAAUUUAUAGUCGGGAUUUUGGAUCAUAAAAGGAUAUUUAUAAUAAAUAUAUUUAUGCACCAAAUUUUUGGAAAUAAAUUAAUUUGAACCAUGUGUUCAUACGAAAUUUUUAGUUUAUUUUGUACUAAGGAACUUUUUUCAAGAAUGAUCCAGUGAUGUUUAUAAAGACACUGUACAGGUUUGUAGCUUUUCAACCCAGUUCUGUGUUACUCUCGAAAUUAAAAUUAAUUUGACUUAUACAGGGUGUUUCUAAAGACCCUGUACAAUUCUGUAGCUUUUUAAGGCGGUUCUGUAUUACUCAGUGUAUUAAAUUGAUUUAGAGGUAUUAGUAACUAUUCAAUUUUAAUUUAUUGAUGCAAUUAUAUUAUUUAUUUUUAGAUUAAGUGAAAUGAAUUUGAUCAUAUUAUUAGUGAAAUAAGGAUUAGCACAAAUAUGCAUAGACUCACUGUUUUAUCAAAUUUUUCACUGCUUAUAUAUGGUUUACUAUUAAUUUUCUAUUCAUUUCUGUAUCCAUAUAUAAAAUAUCUGUGAUUGAUAUGUACAUUAUUAAUUUUAUUUUUAAUCUAUGUAAAAAUGUUUUUCGCAUUCCUAUUUAGCAAAAAAAUAUAUUAUUAUAAUGAUUCUUAUAUAUUUGACUGAAAUAAAAUCCAGGACUCUAA